CUUUCCAGGUAAUGGAAAGCUUGGAAAAUGCAAUGAAAAGAGGAGCGCCAAUUAUUGCUGAAUACUUAGGUGGAGCAAUCAAUUGUGAUAGUUAUCAUAUUACGGAUCCAAGAGCUGAUGGUAUUGGGGUGUCUUCAUGCAUUGGGAGAUGCCUUGGAGUUUCCCCUGAGGAGGUAAUUCUUUCUUCUUUUUCACCCAAUUCUCUUGUUAUACGGUGGAGUAAUGUUAUUAUAGUAGCAAUCGAGUCUUCUCAGAUUCUUAAUAUUUCUCAUUUCCCAUUUUAUGUUGGUUUCUUUUUAUUUACAUCCAUUGACUCUAGUGCAAGCAUUUGUUUUUUGAAAAAUAAAUUCAACAGCUCCUGCUACUUCUGUUUUAUGGAGAACUUAGAUGAUUUAGGCUUCAAUUUAAGUGAGAUUAUAGAAAACAGACCUGAUGAUUAUUUUUCAAGUCAUUGUUUAGAUUAG